AAUUGUGCCUGCGGGAACUCUUACGCGAAGGGCCGAUCUAAACACCAGGUGCAGUCAUGCAGCUUGGCGGUUUCUUUCUUGUCGCGACCCAAGAGCCCCUGACAUUUCUUGGGGAUCCUGGGCGCUGCUGCCGCUCUCACAAUCAUGCCUUCAAUCCCAAGGUAGCAACAGUCCGACUUGGAGAAGCGGCUGUUUAUUGCGUACUAAGAUGCGCCUGGGCUAACCGACCCCGUUGACAACAAUCAUGAUCCGUAUCAGAAGGCUCUGGCUGGUUCCAGCGUUCUUCAUCGCUACUAUUGUAUACUACUUCUCUUUGAACCCCAGCGAUAAUAUCAAACCCGAAGUAUCAUACCCUUCCAAUGGCGUCGAUAGCAAGCUUCACUGGACCAAGCGUCCUGAGCGAUAUCCUAUCGAGCAGUUCCGCGAAUACCCUACCGGGCCCUUGCAGCCGAUGCCGCGGAUACAGUACACUUUCGCUUCCAGUCCCGAGUCAUCGGACGUGAAGUCGACGAGAGAAAAGCGAUUGGCAGUUGUAAAAGAAGCAUUCGUGCAUGCAUGGAAUGGAUACGAGAAACAUGCUUGGGGCCGUGAUGAGGUUGGACCGAUCAGUGGUAUGCCACGUACGAGUUUCGGCGGCUGGGGUGCAACUUUGGUCGAUACGAUGGAUACUUUAUGGAUCAUGGGUUUGAAGGACGAGUUUGCGCAAUGUGUAAAGGCCGUAGCGCAGAUCGACUUCACCACGAAUGAGGAGGAAACAAUCAACGUGUUUGAAACGACCAUACGAUAUCUCGGUGGACUUCUUGCGGCUUACGAUCUCUCUGAGGCCAAGUACCCGAUCCUGCUUGCCAAAGCACAAGAACUCGGCGAAAUACUCUACUCUGCGUUCGAUACACCGAACCAUGUGCCGAUGGCUCGUUGGUCAUGGAAGAAAACCGCGCUUGGUGGCGAGAUCGAGCCAAGCACCCAGACGCUUCUUGCAGAGAUCGGAAGUCUGACUCUGGAGUUCACGCGACUGAGUCAACUUACAGGCGACCUGAAAUACUUCGAUGUCGUUCAACGUUUGACUGAGGAAAUGGAACGAGUUCAGAACCAGACCAAGAUGCCAGGGUUGUGGCCGACAAUCCUAAACGGCAAGGAGUUGAAAUUUGACUACAAUCAUUUCACAAUGGGUGGGAUGGCAGAUUCCACCUACGAAUACCUACCAAAGCAGUUCAUGUUGCUGGGAGGACGCGAUAAACGGUAUCAAACAAUGUACGAACAAGCUAUCGACAUUGCAAAGAGACAUCUCUUCUUCCGGCCAUUGACCCCUUCUGGGGAGGACAUCCUCUUCAGCGGGAACAUUGUCGCCACCACGGUGGACUCGCUUCCUACGUCAAUCCUUGACCCUCAGGGCCAACAUCUAGCUUGUUUCAUCGGCGGCAUGGUAGCUAUAUCAGGCAAGAUAUUCAACCGACCUGAAGACUUGCAAGUCGCCCGCCGACUUGUUGACGGUUGCAUAUGGGCCUACGACGCAAUGCCCUCAGGACUGAUGCCCGAGAUAUUCCACACGGCAGUGUGUCAUGUUGGAGUCGAUGAUCCCAAGCCCAAUGAUUGUGAAUGGAGCGACGAAAAGUGGUACGAAGCGAUCUCCAGGAAGAACUCUCCGGUCCAAAAUAAGGAGAUGACCCCGAUAGAGCUGGGCAAAACAUUGGUACAGCAACGCGAACUUGUGCUUGGAUUUACGCAGCAUGGUGAUAAUCGGUACAUCCUCCGCCCCGAAGCUAUUGAAUCUGUCUUCAUCCUAUAUCGCAUCACUGGCGACACAAAAUUGCAAGACGCCGCAUGGAGGAUGUUCCAAGCUAUCGAUGUCGCGACCAAAACACCAAUUGCGCAUGCUGCCGUUUACGACGUGAGGAAGCAGAUUCCAGAAAAGAGCGACCGCAUGGAGAGUUUUUGGCUGGCCGAGACGCUGAAGUAUUUCUAUUUGAUUUUCAGUGACCCAUCAGUUGUCAGUUUGGAUGACUGGGUUCUGAACACUGAGGCGCACCCUUUCAAGCGCCCGACGAGCUGAGUGCUAAAUGGGAUGAUGUGACCUAGGCAUGUUGCCUCGCGAGGCAACUAUUAGAAGCCCAGCUGUGACACAAGAAGUGCGUCCUCAACCUUGCAACUAGCUAUUUUGGACAACGACUCUAAGGUCCAUGCUCCUGAGCUGUUCAAAGUAUCUCCACUACCGAGCUGCAACAGGUCGAGGACAUUCUCCGCAAUUGCCGGGGUUUCUAUUACUUGGGGAGCUCAUAUUAAAGGGCCACAACAAUACCAUUCGAGAGGUUACAUGAAGCCCGAGCAGGGAAUGAGACUGGGAGACCGCUGCUGGCCGGCGGCU